AUGGCUUUUAAAAUUAACUCCUUAGGUGUUCAUGGUUGGGGCGACACGAGAAGUCUCAUCGUCCAGUUCAUAACUGGACGAUGGUUCGUCGUGUUCGCCUCUUUUCUAAUCAUGGCUGCCGCCGGAGCCACGUAUAUGUUUGCGUUAUACUCCGGCGACAUAAAAGAUGCACUUGGUUAUGAUCAAAGCACACUCAACCUCCUUAGUUUCUUCAAAGAUUUUGGUGCCAACGUUGGUAUUCUUGCCGGAUUAGUCAACGAAAUAUAUCCACCUUGGGUAGUUCUAACAAUAGGUGCUAUUCUGAAUUUCUUUGGUUACUUCAUGAUUUGGUUAUCAGUAACCAAAAAAAUAGCAACACCAAAAGUUUGGCAAAUGUGUCUUUACAUUUGCAUUGGUGCUAACUCUCAGUCUUUUGCAAACACCGGUUCACUUGUAACUUGUGUGAAGAACUUCCCCGAAUCUCGCGGCGCUGUUUUGGGAAUUCUUAAAGGCUAUGUUGGUCUCAGUGGCGCCAUCAUAACUCAGCUUUAUUAUGCUUUUUAUUAUGAUGACACAAAGUCUUUGAUUUUGUUGAUAGGCUGGCUUCCGGCGGCGGUGUCUUUCGCGUUUCUUCGAACCAUUCGAUACAUGAAACCUGUUCGACAAGUUAAAGAGAUUAAGGUUUUUUAUAAUUUCUUGUAUAUUUCACUUGGUCUUGCUGGUUUUUUGUUGGCGAUGAUUAUCAUAGAGAAGAAGACUAAUUUCACGCAGAGUGAGUAUGGUUUUAGUGCUGCAAUGGUUAUCUUCUUGCUUCUUCUCCCGCUUCUUGUUGUUUUUAUCGAAGAGAACAAGAUUUGGAAGAGUAAGAGACUCGCUUUGGUUGAUUCUUCACCGGUGAAAAUAGUGACGGAAACUGAAAAAGUCAACAAUGCUGUUCAUUCAGUUUCAGCUUCAACUCCAAUGAAAGAUCCAAGAUGGUUUGAGGAUGUGUUUAAUCCACCAGCAAGAGGUGAGGAUUACACAAUACUUCAAGCACUUUUCAGCAUUGACAUGUUGAUACUAUUUGUGGCAUGUAUUUCUGGUGUUGGUGGAGCCUUGACAGCGAUCGAUAAUCUUAAUCAGAUAGUUGUCUCACUUAUUUUAGUGGCGAGAACAAGAAAGUUUUACAAAGGGGACAUAUACAAGAGGUAUAGAGAAGAAGCUGAAAUGGUGGAAGUAAAGAAAGAGGAAGAAGCCAAAGUUGGUCAACCACAUGUGGUAACAUCUUAG